CGCGGCGCCCAUAUAAACACGCGCGCGCGCGUGCCUCUGCUCUCAAAGCCACCUCCCCUCCCCGGUCCGGGCUACAGCAGAGCACGCGUAGUCACAGCCAAGCCGCCCGGCCCUGGCCACCAUUAAACCACCUCACGCGCAAUGGGUGAGAUAGCGGCGGACGAGCGCGGGCUCGCCGGCGGCAAGGGGUCGGAGUUGGAGGAGGAGGAGACGUCCCCGAUCGAGGAGGUGCGGCUGACCGUGCCGCCCGGCGACGACCCGACGCUGCCGGUGUGGACGUUCCGGAUGUGGAGCAUCGGGCUGCUCUCCUGCGCGCUCAUGAGCUUCCUCAACCAGUUCUUCUCCUACCGGACGGAGCCGCUGAUCGUGACCCAGAUCACGGUGCAGGUGGCGUCGCUGCCCAUGGGCCACUUCCUGGCGCGCGUGCUGCCGCGCCGCAGGUUCCGGGCGCCGGCGCUGCUCGGCGGCUGGGAGUGGAGCCUCAACCCGGGGCCCUUCAACAUGAAGGAGCACGUGCUCAUCUCCAUCUUCGCCAAUGCCGGCUACGCCUUCGGCAACGGCAACGCCUACGCCGUCAUGAUCGUCGACAUCAUCCGCGCCUUCUACGGCCGCUCCAUCUCCUUCAUCGCCGCCUGGCUCCUCAUCACCACCACCCAGGUGCUCGGGUACGGGUGGGCGGGGCUGAUGCGCAAGUACGUGGUGGAGCCGGCGCACAUGUGGUGGCCGAGUACGCUCGUGCAGGUCUCGCUCUUCCGGGCACUGCACGAGAAGGAGGAAUCUCCCAAGGGCUCGCGGCAGAUCUCCCGCUCCAAGUUCUUCCUGGUGGCGCUCAUCUGCAGCUUCGCAUGGUACGUCGUGCCGGGCUACCUCUUCCCGGCGCUCACCUCCAUCUCAUGGGUGUGCUGGGUCUUCUCCAAGUCCGUGACCGCCCAGCAGCUCGGCUCCGGCAUGAAGGGCCUGGGCCUGGGAGCUUUCACGCUCGACUGGUCGGCCGUCUCCUCCUUCCUCUUCAGCCCGCUCAUCUCGCCCUUCUUCGCCACCGCCAACAUCUUCGUCGGCUACUUCUGCUUCCUUUACGUGCUUGUGCCCACGGCGUACUGGGGGAUGAACCUCUACAACGCCAAGACGUUCCCCAUAUUCUCCUCGCACCUGUUCAUGUCUAACGGGUCGGCAUAUCAAAUCACUGACAUUGUGAACCAGCAGUUCCAGCUUGACACGGAGGCCUAUGCAAGGCUCGGAAGGAUAAACCUCAGCACCUUCUUCGCGCUGUCUUAUGGGCUCAGCUUCGCCACCAUUGCCUCCACCAUCACGCACGUCGGCAUCUUCUACGGGAAGGAGAUCUACCACCGGUUCCGUGCUUCGCAGCAGGAGGAGCCUGACAUCCACACAAAGCUGAUGAGGAAAUAUGACGACAUACCAGCGUGGUGGUUCUACUCCCUGACAGUAUUGUCAAUGACAGUGUCCCUCAUCCUCUGCACCGUCCUAAAGGACCAGGUUCAGCUCCCAUGGUGGGGCCUCCUCUUCGCCUGUGGCAUGGCCUUUGUCUUCACGCUCCCCAUAAGCAUCAUUACUGCAACCACUAACCAGACUCCUGGCCUGAAUGUCAUCACUGAAUACGCCAUGGGGCUAAUAAUGCCGGGAUACCCCAUCGCCAAUGUCUGCUUCAAGGUGUACGGCUACAUGAGCAUGUCGCAAGCAGUAGCAUUCCUCUCAGAUUUCAAGCUCGGACACUACAUGAAGAUACCUCCAAGAUCAAUGUUCAUUGUUCAGUUUGCCGGUACACUGGUGGCCGGGACUGUUAACCUCAGCGUGGCAUGGUGGCUACUUGGGUCUGUCGAGAACAUCUGCCAGGACCAACUGCUGCCACCAGACAGCCCAUGGACAUGCCCUGGUGACCGUGUCUUCUUUGAUGCAUCGGUCAUCUGGGGCCUUGUUGGCCCGAAGCGCAUUUUCGGGCCACAUGGUAACUACGAAGCCGUCAACUGGUUCUUCCUCAUCGGCGCAGCAGGCCCUGUCAUCGUGUACAUCUUCCACAGGAUAUUCCCCAGUCAGAGGUGGAUACUGAUGAUAAACCUGCCGGUGCUCAUCGGCGCUACAGCCAACAUGCCACCAGCGACGGCCGUGAAUUACAACUCAUGGCUGCUGAUAGGCACCAUCUUCAACUUCUUCGUGUUCCGGUACCGGAAGAAGUGGUGGCAGAGGUACAACUACAUCCUCUCUGCCGCGCUCGAUGCAGGCGUCGCGUUCAUGGCGGUGCUGCUGUACUUCACACUGACCAUGGAGAACCGGACAGUCAACUGGUGGGGCACGGCGGGUGAGCACUGUCCUCUGGCCUCAUGCCCCACUGCUAAAGGGGUGGACUUGGGCCCGGAUAGUGUGUGCCCUGUGUUCUAAGCUAAAUCUCUUUCACCCUCAAGGUACAGCUACAAGAUUAGUCAUGAUCCAUUCGAGUUGUGUGAGUGUAAUAGUAUGAUCAUAGAUUUCUAUUGUACUCUCCACCAAAAGAGAGAGAGAACAAAGCUUCUAGAUGCGUGUAAACUGUAAAGGUCGUAGUCAUCCACGCGAAAGAGAAAAGACAAUAAUUAUCAGCCGCAAUGCGAGACAAUCAGUCUUGGGCAA